GCAGACAACUUAACCUUCCUGACUCGAACUGGAGUGUGCACGCACACGUAGUGAAAUUCAUAUGUUUAAAGAGGUCGAUUUCUUUUUCACGUGAACUGUAGACAUUUGUAAUUUUUAUAAAAACAACUACAAGUAUGGGCGGAAAAAAUAAACAGCGAACCAAAGGAAAUGUCCGGCCUUCCAGCAGUGGCAGAGCUGCAGAGCUGCUUGCAAGAGAACGGGGUGCAGUGCCUGGGUUUGUUGGAUUUGGCUCAUCAUCACAUGACCUGGGAUAUGUUCCUGCAGUCUACGGGACAGAAGAAAUGGACAAUCUUGUAGAUGCAGAUUUCCGUAUGGUUUUACGAAAACUUUCUAAAAGAGACACAAUUACAAAAUUAAAGGCAGUACAAGAAUUUGGUACAAUGUGUACAGAAAGAGAGUCAGAGAUUGUUAAAGGGGUUCUUCCUUACUGGCCAAGAAUAUACUGUAAAAUCUCAAUGGACCAUGACCGUCGUGUUCGUGAGGCAACUGGACAGGCCUUUGAGCAGCUUAUUCUUAAAGUAAAGAGGAAUCUGGCGCCUUACUUAAAAAGCAUUAUGGGAUACUGGCUGUUAGCUCAAUGUGACACUUACUCACCUGCAGCAGCAGCUUCAAAUAUAGCAUUUCAAGCUGCUUUUCCUACAAGUAAACAGCCAGAGGCUCUUGCAUUUUGCAAGGAAGAGAUUCUCAAUAUUCUUCAAGAUAAUCUUUUAAAGGAAACUCCAGAGACACUCAGUGACCCUCAAAGUGUCCCAGAGGAAGAGAGAGAAGCCAAAUAUGUGAGGGUUGUUACUUGCUCCCUGCUGGCUUUGAAGAAGCUACUGACAUUGCUGCCUGGGCCUGAGAUUGACACACUGGAAGAAAACCUUACACAGCUCAUAUCCCAAAAUAAAUUUUGGAAAUACAGUAAACACACAACUCCACAGAUCCGCGGAGCUUUAUUUGAAGCAGUGGCCACAUUUUGCCAGCACACACCUGAACUAAUACAGACUCAAGCUACACGAGCAUGCUCAGCUGUGUUGUUAAACAUUGAUGACACUGACCCUGUGGUCUGCCCAGCUCUGUGGGAAGCAGUUCUUUACAUUCUUACCAACAUUAAGGAUUGUUGGCAACAUGUGAACUCCAAAAAGGGUGUAAUGCCAAAACUUUGGCUGUUGUUAAAAGAAGGAGGUCGGGGCUUGGCGACUGUUUUACAUCCUAACCUCCUUCCGUUCAUUAGCAAAUUACCUGAUGAAAUCACUGACCCAAAGUUGGAAUUUUACAACACAUUCUUCAGUUCAGUUAUUCUUGGGCUGUCAAGUGAGCGUGCUGUGUCCAGUCCUUCUGAAUGUUCAGCCAUUAUCUUUGCAUUCAUGGAGUGCUUACGGUUUAGCCUGCUGCAAAAUGCAGGAGCAGAAGAUGAACACAAGAAAGUUCAGCAGAUGCUCAUCAGUGACCAGCUUCUUCUGUUGGUUGAGUCUGCAUUGAAGAAUCCCAAACUGCAGAGUAGCCCCUUAUUUUAUCAAAUAACAGAUAUGCUGGUUUCCUGGGAGAAGAGGGUCAACCCUUCAAGUGAGGAUACAGCAGAGGACACAUUCCAAAGGCUUCUGUCAGAUUUCUGGGAUGGAGUUACUCGGCUCUGUGUACAGCAAGUUGACAGAACAGAUGCAGAAGAGAAUACAUUAAAUGGUGUCUCUACUUUACUACAAGUGAUGCAGAGCCCUGAAGGAAGCUGGAAGCAGUGCAAGAAAAAAGCUAUUAAAAUUCGAUUCUCUGGCUUAGAAGGGGCUGAAGUAAAAGAUGAUGAUGAAGAUGACUUGCCUACCGUGUCUAAGAGUCCAAGUGAUUUCACCUUACCAGUUGGAAGAUCUGAUCCUGAUCCUAGUUCUGAGAGACUUCAUUCUCAAAACAGUCGUUUAGAAGAUUUAGUAUGUGAACUUGCAGAGCUCAACAUGGUGUAUGUGAAUGAGCAGAACUCAGAUAAGCACUUGAAGUUCCUCUCUGUUUUAGUUAGUUCCUUCCCCUCCCGUCGACUUUUUCAAGUGCUACUGGAUUCUGAUGCUCAAAAUCAAGAGGCAGGUUGUGGUGAAAUAAGUCCUCAGGAGAAAACAAUGGCUACAAACCCAGCAGUUCAAUUCCUUUUGCAGAAAUUAAUCAUCUGGUUGAAAGAAGACCAAAGAAAAGAUACAGACUUCCUGGUUAAUAUGCUGUACAGUGUUCUUCACUGCUGUGAUAGCAACGAGGAGAAGAAACUCAUUUUGGAUCACAUUUCCAAGAUGGACCUAAAAUGGAGUAUCUUGCUUCAAAUCAUACAAAAGGCAUGUGCAGAUGAAGCUAAGUUUGAGGCAACCUCAGAUUGGUUGAAAGGAGAAGUGUUGGGAGAGAAGCUUGUAAAGCUGGCAGAGGACCUUUGUGCCACUGGGCUAAAUAGGAUCUCCACCUUGGAAUCCUCCCAUUCAGACAGCUGGGCACUUAUCAGCCUAGCAUUGUCUCAGCAUGUUCAGAAGCAGGCUCUUAUUGGUGAGGUUUACGUGGAAAAAAUAAUUGAUAAACUACAUGCAACUCUAUUAAAAGCCAAAAAUCUGUCUGAUGCUGGUGAUAUUGAGCCUCUGGUGUCCUUCAUCUGUGAUGUGGCUUCGAACUUCUUUUGCUCAGUUAAAAACUGUCUGCUGCUAUCGUCGGCUGAAGAUCUUUUGUUAACAGUUUUCCAACUCUGUGCUCAGAGCCAGGAAAUUACUCGCUUGUCAGACUCACUGCUGCAGAAACUGAACCAUGCAUGUUUUGCUGGUAUACAGUCACUGGUUGGACAGAUUGGAACUGAUUUUGGGGAAGGGACCUUCUUGCAUAGUUCUGCACUAUGGGUGAAGAACCAAAUUCUAAAUUCAAGUAUGGGUGUAAAAAGCCUGCAGGUACUCAUUUCAUCUGUACGCAGUUUAGUGGAAAAUGUGAUCAAGACUAAUCCACCCAGCUCUCACAUUAUGGAAAAAUUUGUUGCGUGUUUAACACCUAAUGAUUCAGAAUGGAAGAUGAUGAGACAGGCACUUCCUCCACAGUGGCUGAAGCGACCUCUGUUACAUGGAAGAUUGAAUUUGAAUUGUCAAUACCACUGUAUGGAUGUAUGGAGAUUCCACUCCGCUGUCAAGAUUCCAAGUCAUCUGUGUGCUGCAGCAUUAUUGGGUCAAGUGAUUUUAAUUAUGUUGGAGUCUGAAAGUAUUAAUGAAGUAGACAAACUCAAUCUUGUUGGAGCUGAAUGCACAGUUGCAGAAGUACUCUACUCACUGCAGUGGUGUGAAGAAAUUGAAAUUCUUCCUGCUGUGGUGUCAGAAUUUUGUGGGAUGCUUCAAGAAAUGAAUGUUACACAUGAAAGAAUAAGCAAAGAAAGUGGAAAAUUGUUUAAUGUUCUCGAAACCUUGUUUUCCAGGUCUAUGCAGAAUGGGUCAUUGUGGACCCUGACUCUAGCAAAAUAUAUAGAAACAAAAGCAGUCAGUAGUUCUGAUCUAAAGAAGCUUUAUGAAACUAUUGAAAGCUUUUUUCCUUUGACAGAACAAAACCUCUGCACCAUACAAGGCCUCUCACCUUUUUUGUUUAAAGAAGAAAAUGAAUUGUUAAUGAACUACUGCACUGCAGAACUUUUGAAGUGGGAAGACACUGAUAUUACCAGUAUCCAUGGAGGAUAUGGGCACCUUGCUGUUAUUCACUGUUGUUUAAAAAGUGGAGUUACUGGAGAUCAAGAAAUGCUAAUGGAGGUUCUGAGAACAGUCAUGGAAUGGAGAAACCAGAAGGAAGAUGUGUUCCUCUUUAACUACAAUCUGAAAGAAGUUUCUCCCAGCCUCCUGGAUUUUAAUGUACAAAUUAUUCGGUUCAUUUGCUGGUUGAUCAGACAGUCCCCACCUUUUAUGACAGACAGUCAAUGGGAUUUCAUCUUGUGCUCCAUGUUAGCCUGGCUGGAGACUGCAAGUGAGAAUACCACCUCUUACUGGAAUCCAUGGGCCCAGGUUUUUGCCUGUCAGACUUGUAACUUAGUUACAGCUUUGAGUGAAUUUUUCACAGCACCUACACCCGAUUUAUUGGAGAAGCUCCCAGUAAACCUGAUGAGCGAAUGGAAAGAGUUCUUUACAGAAGGGGUGCACAGUCUGCUUUUGCCACUCUUUGUAAAAAUCACAGAAGAAUUCUCUGAAACAGACGAUCCCCUUUUCCCUCUUCCUGUGUUGAAGGCAGUAGGUGAUGCACUGAUCUACAUUCCUGUUCAGCAAUUGACCCAAAAUAAUCUGCAGCCUAAAUUUGUGGCGGGCCAAAAAACAAAUUUACCUGACAAACUGCAGACGCUGCUGAACACCAUAACGCCACUGCUUUUGUUUAAGGCUAGGCAUGUCCAGAUCUCGGUCUACUAUAUUUUACACAAGGUAAUGCCCCAGCUCCCUGAGUUCGAUAAUGAAAAUGACAACACAAAAUCUGAUGAUGAAGAGGAGGAAGAACCAUGUUUGUCCCCCCCUGCAGCACUGAUGGCUAUACUUGGUGCAACAGAGGAAUUACUUGAUGAUAUUCUGGGGAGUGUUCAGGUUGGAGAGUUUGCAGUUGUACAGCCAUUAAGUGAGGAAUAUUGUUGCAUACUAGGAUAUCUGCUUACUUGGAAAUUAAUUCUUACAUUCUUCAAGGCGUCCCCAUCUCAUUUAAGGGUCCAGUAUUCACACUACCUCCGGAAAACCAAAUCCCUGCACAAGCUGCUUUUUCAUCUCUUUCGGCUAAUGCCUGACAAUCCAGUGUAUCCUGGACAGACAGCAGAGCCUGGGAGCAAGGAAACCAGAACGUUUUUUACAGAGGACCUUCACCUUUCAGUUCUCAAAACAGAAUAUUUGCCCUCAGAGAUUGCACAUUUGGCUUGUUCCGUGUACUACAUUACAUUGAAGGAUUUACCAGCAAUGGUCCGUCUUUGGUGGAAUGGGCAGGAAAAGCGUGUGUUUAACACUGUUGAUAAAUUUACCAGCAAAUAUGUCAGUAACGUGCUGUCAUGCCAGGAAAUAUCAUCUGUACAAACAAGCACACAAACCUUUGAAAACAUGACGGUAAAGGCGCGCUCUACAACACGAGAAGUAAUUGCUACGUACUCCGUGGAAGAUAUAUUUAUUGAGCUAGUAAUCCAGCUGCCUCAGAAUUACCCUUUGGGGUCAAUAUCUGUGGAAAGUGGAAGGCGUGUUGGUGUUGCUGUUCAGCAGUGGCGCAACUGGAUGCUUCAGCUUAGUACUUACCUCACCCAUCAGAAUGGUAGUAUUAUGGAAGGCCUGGCAUUGUGGAAGAACAAUGUAGACAAGCGCUUUGAGGGGGUUGAAGACUGCAUGAUCUGUUACUCUGUUAUUCAUGGUUCCAAUUACUCUCUUCCGAAGAAGGCAUGCAGGACAUGCAAGAAAAAAUUCCAUUCAGCAUGUCUGUACAAGUGGUUUACCUCCAGCAACAAAUCAACUUGCCCACUCUGUCGUGAAACCUUCUUCUGAUCAAAUUAAACCUAACAGCUGAAACUGAUCGUGUAAAAUUGUAAAUCCUAUAUCUACCCAGUAGUGAUAAAAAAAAAAAAAAAGUCUCAACAUUUAAUUGUUGUUAAAAGAACUAAGAUGCUAAAGCAAUGUUCCUAAAUGUAAUUUUAAUGCUGGAUGAUUUAGGAAUAGAAAUAAUCACACUUGCCAAAUAUUUAUUACAUUUAAUGUUUUAAUGUAGACAUGUCCUGUAUACAGGGUUUUACAUUACAAUAGAAACGCAUCUCUAGUCAUUCUGUUUUCAAUAAAAUACAUGGGUAAAUA